AUGGCGGCUCCCAUGGCCGCGGCCGCGCUGUGGGCCGUCGGUGCCGCUGUGGCGGGGCCGCUCCGGCUGCGAGCAGGUGCGCCGGGACCGCGGGAGUACUCCGGGGACGACUGGGUCCGGGAGGUGGCGGGCGGGACGCCUAAAGGCCUUGUGGUGGGGUGGGCGCUGCCUGGACGCUGCGGAUGUUCUUGGUACAUUCGGUGUUUUCUUCCAGCUCGCCUCCCGGGGAGCUGCUGGAACGGGAGCGGCUCGGCGCUGGGGAGGAUCCUGAGUGUUCCCAGCCGCAGGAACGGGAGCAGCUCAGUGCUGGGCGGGAUCCUGAGCGUUCCCAGCCGGUGCAGCAGGAGCAGCUCGGUGCUGGGCGGGAUCCCGAGUGUUCCCAGCCGCUGGAACGGGAGCAGCUCGGCCCUGGGCAGCCUCCUGGGCAUCCCGGCCGAGGCCCCGCCCGCCGCUCUGGGCCAGCACCCGCCGCCCGUGGCCACCGACAAAGAGGAGCAGAAACGCCUCCUGGAGCACCGGCCGGACCAGCCCCCGCAGCCCAAGGUGCUGAGGAUCGCCAUCAUCGGCGCCCCCAACGCCGGGAAAUCCACACUCUGCAACCAGCUCCUGGGCAGGAAGGUUUUCCCAGUCUCCAAGAAGGUGCACACCACCCGCUGCAAGGCCCGGGGUGUCAUCACACACGAGGACACACAGCUGAUCAUUCUGGACACACCUGGCCUCACAAAUCCCCUAAAAGCCAAAAGGCAUAAUUUAGAUGAAGGCAUGCUGACAGACCCAUGGGACAGCAUGAAACAUGCAGAUUUAGUCCUGGUUCUGGUGGAUGUGUCAGAUCACUGGACAAGGAACUCUCUGAGCAAGGAGGUGCUCAGGUGCCUGUCUCAGUUCCCCCACAUCCCCAGUGUGCUGGUCCUGAACAAGGUGGAUGUACUAAAGAAGAAAUUUCUCCUGCUGGAAAUAGCAACUGACCUGACAGAGGGGAUUGUAAAUGGAAGGAAACUGGAAGUGAAAUCUUCACCUAAACAGGAUUCCCGUUCUUCAGUAAAGCUUCCCCUUCAUCCCACUCAGGCUUCUCCAGCUGAAAGCAAAGUGCCAGGGUCUCCCUGUGGGCAGGAGAGGAAUCAGGCCCAGGAGGGCUCUGGUUUGGACAGGAGCAGUGAUGCUGGGGGUGCUGGCACAGGGGAAGGGCCACAGCACCAUGGAGUCAGGGAUCUGAAGGACAUGAAAGGCUGGCCACACUUCCAGGAGAUCUUCAUGCUGGCAGCUCUGCGUGGGGAGGAGGUGGAUACACUCAAGAGAUACCUCCUGAUGCAAGCCAAGCCAGGCCCUUGGGAGUUCCACAGCGACGUCCUGACCAGCCAGUCACCCCAGGAGAUCUGUGAUAACAUCAUCAGGGAGAAGCUCCUGGAGUACCUGCCCCUGGAAGUGCCUUAUGGAGUGACUCAGGUGACACAUGUGUGGGAGGAAGGAGAAUGUGGGGAGCUCCUGAUCGUGCAGAGCCUCCUGGUGCCCAGGGAGUCUCACAAGAGGAUGUUGAUUGGAAGAGGAGGAAAGGUCAUCAGCAGGAUUGCUCAGGAGGCUGGCCAGGACCUGAUGAACGCUUUCCUGUGUGAGGUCCGCCUGAAGCUCAAGGUGGAGGUGAAGGGUUGAGCUCUUGGUGUGUGUUAACAGCCCUUGAACUCUCUGAUCAUGUGGAGAAACCAGUCCUGGGGGUGUUCUGGCACCUUUGUUGGAUCCAGAAAUAGAGGAUGAUGGAGUUACUACCGUGGGCUGAAGUGGAAUAUAUUAAUCUUUGGGGGAACAACCCAAACUGAAAUAAAAUCUCCAGACUUCCUAUGGCAUCUGGCCUGGGGACAGACACUGGAGAAUCAGCUGCACCCAUGAUUCUGGUGCUGCAUUCCCAGAGCUGCCCCCACUUCUUUUGGGCUGUGUCUCAUGUUCUUGCUCUCAGGGGUUUGUACAUGGGAGUUCAGGAGCAUCUCCUGCCUUGGAGCAAACAAAGGAUGGCAGUGAAGCAUUAUCAGCACAUGUUUGUAAUCCCUUCUGAAGGCUGAAUCGUGGUCACACAGGGGGAUGAGGCCACCCCAGCCCAGCUGAUGGUCUUGUGUUGACUUUUCUCCCUGCCCUGCUGAAGCUGGUGGGUGCAGGGAGUUGGUUUUAAGGGUUUGCUGGCAGCUGGAACAUCUGUAAUGCCUGACUGGC